AUGGACUCUAAGAAUUGGGUUUUGAAAUAUUUAGAAGGUAGGUUGGAUUUGAGGGUGGAUAAAAUGAAGACGGCAAUUCAUAGUGCAGUAUCUGAGAAUAUUAGUUUUCUAGGUAUGGAACUACAGGCAGUUCCACCUUCAGUUUUGCAUCCUCCCAUGAGUGAGAAAGCAAUUAGGGCACGGAAGAAGUACCUUAGGCAGAAGGAAGUUAGAGCUUUAGAAUUUAAAAAUGCCAGAGAGAGGAAAAGAAAGAUACUGGGGAUGAAGAUAUUGCAGCAUGUUUUUAAGAAGUUGAAGCAAAGUGAUGGGUUUAAAUUUGACUUUCAAAUUGAAAAUGAGGUUCGAGAAAUCUUCAGAACUUGGACUGAUGAAGUGGUCCAUGAUUUCUUGGGUUCCUUGGAAGAGCGUUGGGAAUGGCAUCGGAUGCUUACAGCAGGCGAUUUUCUCUCUUUAAGGCACAUUAGAGGUCAAUUGCCCCAAGAGCUGGUUGAUGCGUAUGAUAAGUUCGAAGAGCAAGUUGACAAGUAUUUGAGUCCGGUCCAAGCUAGAAAGGCAUUAGAGAAAGAAGAAAAGAGAGUGGAGGAGGAAGAGGAACAGAAAUACGCUAAGAGCACGGUUGAGGAUUUGACAAGGCUGUGUAUGAAAGUUGAUGCACCAGUAGAACUUGUUAGGAAGGCAGUUAAGAUGGCUGGUUUUACAAAUAACAUGGGUCGCCCUAGGCCGAUCAAGUUACUCAUUGCUCUUGAAGAUAUUGAUAUUAUCAAGUGGUAUGCAGGAGUAGGGAGAAGGUGGCUUGAUUUCUUCUGUUGCUGUCACAACUUCAAGAUGGUUAAAACUGUAGUAACUUAUCACUUGAGGUUCUCUUGCAUUUUGACACUAGCAGAGAAGCAUGAGUCAACCAAACGUGAAGCCAUUAAGCAUUACACUAAAGAUUUGAAGGUCUCUGAUUUUAAUGGAAAUGAAGAAGUGUACUUCCCCACAGAAAGAGAGGUUAAAAUGAUGGGAGAUCAAAAUCUUUUGGAUCCAAGGCCUGUUGAUGGGGCUUUAUCUUUGGCUUUGAUCAGGUUGGCUUCUGAUGAGCCUUCAUGUUCCUGUAUCGGUCAUUUCUGUGACAGAAUGGAUACUGUUUAUUAUCGGGUAUGGUUACUGCAGAACCGUUUGAAUGUGAAUCCAUCUGUUGAGGACAAAUGGGUCCCAGGGAUGGGUGCAAUUCAUGAAAGUCUCAAUCGGAAAUGCCUCCCUCUCUGUUCUCAUCACAUAAAUGAUUUAUAUAUGGGGAGUAUCACCCUGCGAGACAUUGACUGCACUGCAUUUGUGGAUGUGGACUGAAUGUUGCAUGUUCUGCUGCAGUUUUCUACAUGAUUGGCAUUGGUUCUGGUGGCUGCUAUUGAUGUGAACCUUGUUCUAGAAAUUCUUAUGUAUUUCUUUUCUGAAAUGAGGCCAGGCAGCAUUGUGACUGUCAUGCUCACCACACCAGCUGUUUGAUCCUUAAUUUGUAGUUUGAUUCUUAAUUUGUAGUUUGAUUCAUACAAACCCCACAGAAACCCUCACAAAACCCCAACUCAAAGCCUUAGUUCUUACUCAAUACUCACAUGUCACAUUCUCCAAUCUUGUCUCAAAUGUCCUUGCUUUGCCCAACGUGCUCCUCACUGCCUGCCAAAACAUCACAACUCCACAACCCAACAAUGGCCUCAGCUCCCUUGACUCACAGUCCCUUCUACACUCGGUCUUGAGGCGGUUUGAUAUUGAAGAAAUGGGCCGCCGGCUCUGCGAGAAUCGGUUCAAUAUUGAAGCUUGUUUUUUCACAAUGAUGCCCUCAAGAAUGGAAGUUGAGUCCUUGGUCUUGCCCAACUUGAAAUUAAAGGUUUUGAUUGAAGCUAUUAGGAUGGUGUUGGAAAUUGUGUAUGAUGAAUGGUUUGUUAAUUUUUAUUAUGGUGAGCGUGUCGGUAUGGGACGCCACACCGCCAUUAGGUACCUUAAGAACUCAGUAGAGAAUCCUAGUUGGUGGUUUAGUGUCACAUUUGAUUGAAAUUUUUUUGAUAAUAGGCAUGUAAAUAAGCUGUGUUUGUUUAUUGAAGAGAAAAUGAAGGAUGGUUUCUUUGUCGGUAUUACAAAGAGGUUGGUUUGAGUGUGAGGUGGUGGGAAUUGAAUUGGGUGGUUGUUACUUAGGAAGGGGGUUUCCUCAUGAAAGCGGGUUGUUUUCGAUUUUGAUUAAUAUUUACUUUAAUGGGUUUGAUAAAUAAAUUCAAGAUAUGUGUCUUCAGAAAAAUCAGGAGAAUACAAAGUUUGAAUCAGAGGAGCUUAUUUCAGUGUCUGGCAUGUUUUACAAGCCAGCCAGUGAAGAUGUAUGUGGUCAGGUAUUUGGAUGAAAUAUUAGUGAUCACUUCAGGUUCAAAGAUGUUUAGUUCAAAGAUGUUGACCAUGGAUUUGAAGCAUUGGGUUUUAAAAUAUUUAGAAGGGGGGUUGGAGUUGAAGGUGGAUAGAAUGAAGAAAUUGACUACACUUUGUUUGCAGAUGUGGACUGAAUGUUGCUUGUUCUGCUGCAGUUUCCUAUGUAAUUGGCUUUGGUUCUAGAGGCUGCUGAUGUUCUGAAACCUUAUUCAAGAAAUUCUUGUGUAUUUCAUUUCUGAAAUGAAACCAGGUACAUGUUGAGAGCUGUUCUCAAGUACUGUAGGGCUGAAAAAUGAGCCAAGCUGCUCGCAAGCAGCUCGAUCAAAGUUUGCUUGGCCUGUUUGUUAAGCAAGAUGAUCUGAGCUUGAACUAUGUUCUGAGCUUAAGCAUCAUUAUGCUCAGCUUGUCAGCCCAUGAUCUGGCUUGAUAGAGGGUCUCCAUCAUAGAUCUGAUCUGAGGGAAUAUUCUUCUUCUCAAACUGAUCUGAGUAUUUCAUUUUGGGAAUUAAGCACAGACAGCACAUUCUUCUUAAUUUAUCUGUUUUUUAAUCUGUGGGAUUGAACCACCACAUAAAAAUGUUAUGGGCUUUUCAUGUAUAAGACGAAUUUUGCCCUCUUUGGUUCCCAAAUUGCAAACAAGAGAUGAAAAGAGUAGCCAUUCCUGUCAUAACAAGUCCUGCUUCCCCAUUAGCAGCUGUAGGUCACACAUAGGAGAAGAGGACACAUUGAGGUACCUUUUUUGGGAAUAUACAUAAACAACCAUGCUCCAAUGGACACGUGAGAGAAAAAAAAGGCCAUUGCAGGUGUUGCUUCCUAAGCUGUACAAUAACCUUACCCUUGUUGUAGAGCCCAUCAGCUUUUGAAGUUUAAAUGCUCAAAACAGCUAGCAUUUAGAAGUUUUUUGGAGCUUGCAAUCAGCUUGGAAGACAUUCAACUAUUGAAUGAGCUGAGCUCCAACCAGAAUGUUGAGACUGGAAUCAAGCUCAAGCCCAUCUUGAAUUCUAGAAAUAUUUUGCAAGAGCCGAGUAUGAGUAGUUGGAAGUUGGGCUUAGCUCGGUUUGUUUACAGUUCCCAUUGUAUGAUUGGCUACCAAAGGUUUGCGAGUUCAUAUCUUAAGUACUGCCAUUUUGUGCCAAAAAAAAAUUAUGAUGGGUGAUGUAUGGGUAUAUACUUGCAUUGACUUGACAAUUAAUCUUCAUUUUUCUUUGAUGAUUGACUUGUAUUGUAUUUACCUCUUUUGCUUUUAGAGUUUAGUCUACGUUUGGCACUUUUGAAAAAUGCAA